AUGUCGCCGAAAUUACAAGAGGUGUUUGGGGAGCUGGGCAUCUCGCAAUACCUCGAUGUCUUCCUCGACCAGGGUUUUGAUACAUGGGAAACGAUCCUCGACAUUACUGAGUCGGAUUUGGACGCAUUGGGGGUAAAACUUGGUCAUCGAAGGAAAUUGCAAAGAAGGAUCGCCAAUGCCAGAGGCGUAGCACCCGACGUGGCAUUGGCCUCACCGACGAGGGCAAGUGUCGAGGAUCCCCGCGCCGGCGCUGAGGUGCAGAAACCGGAAGCGGCUGCAGUGCCAUCCACGGAUUCCCGAGAGAAUAGCAAUGGAGUGGUUCAGAAGCGCAAAUAUCGGAGGCACCCCAAGCCCGACGAAAAUGCACCAGAGCGUGCCCCCUCAGCAUACGUUUUAUUCUCUAAUAAGAUGAGAGAAGACCUCAAGGGUCAAAAUUUGACCUUCACAGAGAUUGCCAAACUGGUCGGCGAGAACUGGCAAGGGUUGACUCAGGCCGAGAAGGAACCCUAUGAACGGGACGCCCAAGCAGCCAAGGAGAAGUACAACCGGGACCUCGCCGAGUACAAGAAAACCCCCGACUACAAAAAGUACCUUCAGUAUCUGCAGGAAUUCAAGGCCAAACAUGCCAAUCACCCCCAAGACAGAGAGGUUUCCAAAAGAGUGAGGCUGUCCGACCCAAACAUCGGGGAAUCGACGGCCAUCAAUGGCCACCCGGGCCGGGUUGCAAGGACGGGCAGUAUUGGGGACCACAACGGCGAACCGCCAGCAAGGCGGCAAAGAAUCGGUUCGAUCGUUUCUAAUGGCGAAUCAUAUUACGCACCAUCCGUCGCUUCGAUCUCUCAACGUACCCCGGGUGAGGAGUCCAUCCUGACCUCACCAGCCGCCAGCUACUUCGAUCGCCGCUUCGACCGUCGACUUGAGCAGUCGCCCGGUCCCGGUCUCACAGGGAGUCCCAGGGACAUCUCUUCCCAACCACCAGCCCCGCCGCGACGCGACCCCGUUUAUGCGGAUGGCCCGCGUGCUGAUGGCCCAGCGGUAGCGCGCAGCCUCCCCCCGCUAUCAGAUGUGUUCGAAGGCCGGUCCAUGCUGAACGGUGCCGCCCAUCCCAGCGAAGCUCCCGUGCAAAGUAUUGGCCUGCUCCCGAGGGGCCUUCAGACCGCCAGCCCAGCAAAUACACCGAGCUUAAGCGGUAGUGAAUCACGGCCGCCGUCUCUGAAAAAGGAACAGUCCUCUGCGGGCAGCAUGUCUUCCGCAAGUUCGGCAUACAGCAGCUUCCCACGGACGCCUAUUGAGGGACCACUCCCCAUACAUGCGCUCCUGUCCGGCGGGAAACAAUUCUCCUAUGAUGCUGCCUUUGCGGCAAACCCAGCCGUCCAGGGACGUUCCAUGUCACCCGAUGACAGGCCGCCCGCCAUCUAUCCAUUGGAACGGGCUCCAAGCGACCCAACCCCGACCAACCAUGCCCUACCACACAUAAAUGGCUACCUCAAGGGGCAUGUCGAGGCUGGCACCGGUAUCCACUCCAGUGCCAGCACCAGCGCCAGCCCCGGCUACAGCAACAGCAACAGGGCCAGCACCACGGUUGAAUGGUAA